UUGCUAUUGCUUGCUAUUGCUCGUGUCCCGUGCCCGAUCGAUACAUCAGAACGCGUGGACGGUGGCAAGGCAAGACAGUGGGCGUCGGUGAUGAAGGUGGUUGUGGUGGUGGUGUAGGACAUCCCCAUGACAUAAAGAGGAUAGGGUGAUAUCGGUGCGCGUCCUUAACUUUUUUGGCUUUAAUCCUUAUGGACUAGGAUGUAGUUAUGCCCAAAAACAGUACGAGGCAUGCGAUAGAAUCAGGGACAAAACGUUCUCACGUUCGACCAACGGUGCGGGCGCCUCCGGCCGAGAAUAAACAUUAUCGAAGUAUACACAUCGGUGUUGUCAACGGGAAACGAUGGAUCCAACUAAAAAAACGUCUCGGACUUGGCACCGACGAGGACCUAGCCAGACAUUUGUUGGAUUUAGGUGAAUCGUCGCAGAGGCUGAAUAAAAGAUCUCAGAACGGAUUAGACUGCAAAGCAGAUUGUGAAGAUGAAGGAAACAGACCUAAACCUGUCGCUGUGGCAAAUGGGGCUGAUGAAAGUGAAGAGCCGCUGCGUCGAAGUCCUCGUAAGCAGUUACCGCUUCCAGUGCCAGAGGCACAGUCAUCUGCACCAAAAACUGACGAGGUACUGGAGGUUGAAGCAGAAUCGGAAACGUUGGAAAGCCUGAGCAAAGGGCAUGUUAGAAGGAGCUCCAGGAAUAAACACCACAAAAGUAAAACCAAACAUCAUAAAGUCAAGCGUAGGAAAAGAAAACAUUUGAAAGUAUUGGAUAACACUGCGGUAGAAUUAGAAGAAGGAUGCGUGGCACCUGAGCUAGUGUCGCAUCAUAAGAGUCGCGAAGAUUCCAUCGAAAAAAGAGAGAAAAGAAUCAGUGACAAUGACACAGAUAGCUCCGCUAGUCACGACGGAAACUCUGGAAAAGCUGAAGAGCAUGAAUUGCAGGUAGAUGUAGACAAGCCAAAGACUGAAGAUGUAGAUAAAGUUAGACUUGCUGAAGGUGUACAAAGAACUGCAAACGGUUUUGAUAAUGCUCCUAUAGACAAGGAAAUUUUAUCCAAAGAGACCAGAGUUGCUAAUGCUCCGGUUUUAAAAUUUGAAAAGAAUGAGAGUAGUCAAAUGGCAAAUGAUGAAGGUGAAAAGCUACCAGCUGUAAGCACAAGUAAAAGAAAAACUGUGAUUGGAGUCAAAGAAGCCAUACAAGAUUUCAGCAGGGAGAAAAAGCCCGAAGAAUUGAAUAAUUCGGAUACAGAUGUGACUGUCGACAAAGUCGGUGAGGAUACCACAUCUCAACAACCAAAGGUGGAUAAUAUUCCAGAUGAGCGAAAGUUGAGAAAGAAAAGAAAACGAAUUAGGUAUGAAGCUGAUCGAGAUUGUAAAGAUAUGAAAAGUGCAUCGGAUGAUGUCACAGAUGACCAUGUGCAUAAGCAUCGGAAAAGAAAACACAAGCAUACAGGCGAGCAUAAGAAUAAGAAACACCACGAUGUUCGCAAGGCCCCUCAAAAUGGGAUUAUUGUUCCUGAUGAAAGCGUCAUAUCUGUAUCUGUUAUAGAAGAUGCAGCUCCAGUCAUCUCUGAAAGUGUACUGAUAGAAAAAAACUCGGAAAACUCUUUGACUGAACCACAGAGAGUAGCAAUAAAAAUAAAGCUUUGUCAAGAGUGUAACAGUCGGCAUUUACAAGACGCCUGCCCAUUGCUCAAGCCUCAGUAUACCAUUUUAGAUUCUACCACAUAUGCUAAUUGGUUGAAUAAGCACGUGGAUAAUCCUGAAGUUCAGAAGACAGUUUGCUGCAAAGAUCCUAUGUCUGAAGGCUACGACAAACCACCUGAUGAUGGUUUUGAAUCUGAUGACGACCAAACAAACUCAGAACAAUCCAAACAAAGGAUCAAAGUAGAAAGUGAAGAAAAGCAGCUGAUCUUUGACAAAGAUAGACCGAUUUAUGCCAGAGACUCUCUGCCAGAGUGUUUAGAACUGAAAGUAACGAGUCACGACCAUGGGCUUGGGGUUUACGCUAAGAGUCGACUGCCAAUGUAUUCCAGACUUGGACCUCUUGUUGGUAUACCGGUUAAAGAAAUGGACAUACCUGACGACUUCUCAAUGAGACAUAUUUGGGAGAUGGAGCACAAUGGUAAGACCUCGUAUAUCAGUACCACAGACCCAUUGAGGAGUAAUUGGGUGCGAUAUAUGAGGCCAGCAGAUACCAAGGAAGAAAGAAGUGUUAUUGUUAUGAGCAAAGAAGGAGAGCUUCAUUUGGUCACUACGCAGAAUAUUACUCCCGGAAUGGAAUUGACCUACUGGGCUGAUUCCCAAUCGUCUACUUGGACACGGAAAAAUAAAAUGGACAAAACCAACUGUGGCGGUUGUAAUCUGAACUUUGCUCAUCCUAUUUACUAUCGGCUGCAUUGCUGCAUCUUUCAUGAUACCAAUUACAGUCUUACGAUAAGAAAAUAUCACUGCAAGGUUUGUGGAGCUGCUGUUUUGGGAAAAGACAACAUAAUGAAACAUGCCGCCGAGCUACAUGCAGGUCGUGGAGCUUACCAAUGCCAAUAUUGUAAAAAAUUUUUCUUGAGACUCAAUUACUUAGAAAUGCAUCGAACAUAUGGGUGUUCCCAAAAUCCACAAAGAGCAAGGCCACUUUGCGAUUUUUGUGGCCGGAAAUUCUGUCAGCCUCAGAAAUUGAAAGUACACAUCAAAAGGAUGCACAGUGAUAUGUCGGAAGUGCUCAGAGAAUUUCAGUGCAAAUUGUGUCUAAAACUACUUGGAUCGCGAGCAGCUCUGCAGCGUCAUAUGAAAGAGGUCCAUCACAAAGAUGUUAUUGGUGCAGCUACUUGUGAUCGUUGCGGAAAGAUGUUUCAGAACAAGAGUAAUCUUAAGAUCCACAUGCUGACCCACAGUGGAGUCAAGCCUUUCAAGUGCAAAGAAAAUAGUUGUAAAGCUGCUUUCACUACUAAACAGUGUUUACAAUUUCAUUACAAGAAAGUACAUGGGCUGACUGAAGAAAUGAUGCCCAAGAUUGAACGCUCUGUCGCAUAUACAUUUGACGCAUACAGUGGAGGUCUUAUAGAAGAUACUGGACGAGGGAAAACGCCCAGACUAAGCCGACAAAGUUCCCAGGAUAACAGCAACAGUUUGCCGUCAUUAGAUGAAUGCAGCUCAGAAAGUAGUUCGAAAGCAGAAAUACCAAUAAAACUUACUCAACCUGAAUCUGUUGAAUAUGAAAACAACGAAGACGAUCCACUAGCAAAGGAUGAGUUUGAACAUGAAAAUCAUCAGCCAUCCUCACCCCAGUCUAGUACACUACAAAUAGUAGACAGCAUAGAAUCAAAUGUUGAGAAUAUUCGUCCUGAAACGGAUUUGUACACAACCGCAAGGCUGCAAAGUAAAGGGAGUAAAAAGUGGAUGGGUGAAUUCAACACGCCGACGACUUCAGAAAUACCAACGCAGCUUCAGUCUUCGUCUGCCCCACAAGACGUUUACGAAUUUGAGGACAGGAAGGAGGAGGGGAAAAUAACACAAACCCUGAUUGAUGAGUCUAAGCUAGGAUUAAAUGUGUAUAGGCGAACGGAAAGCUCGAAUGCUAGCUUGCUGGUAGAAGCAGCCCUUGAUGCAGCAGAAAGGGAUAUCGGAGCUGUUUCUAGUCCAAUAUUAGAAGACAAUGACAGAGAUACCAAUCUAUAUUCAAUUUCAACACACUUACAUUCGCCUAUGCCUCAGAGAUCUCCAGAUACUCAUUUGGAUUCUUACAUUCAGCAACAAGAGCUCAUGUCCCCUACCGCAACUCCAGACAAUCGUCAUACACCACCGAGCCAUUUACACAUGGAUUAUCACUUGCACAGACCUGUGGAUUAUAUGAACGCAAGGACCCACAAUAUGGAACAGUACUUACACCACGAAGAUUUGCCCCGAGUUACGUCUCCAAACAAUUAUAUUCAUGUCCAAGACUUAGUAUCACCAGCUGCAACACCAAAUCCAAGAUACCAGGAUGUGCAUCAUCACCAAGUUCCCACAGAUAAUUUAUCGAGCGAUGAAGGUGAUUCUGUAGCCCAAAAUUUAAGUCUAUCCGUCAAAGAGAAAGAUCCUUUACAAUUGGAUCUAUCCACUUCUUAUAAAUAUGACACAAUAGAAUCAGACUUCGGAAGGGAGAGAACGAAUUUUGAGCCCCUUGUAUUAAAUAGCAGUGAACUGCAGGGGCUGGACAUGUCGGCUCGAGGAUUUCACCACAGUUUUGGUGCUCAGGUACAAAACGUUCGUUACCACCAUCAUCUUUACGAAAUUACUGAAAGACAGAGUGUUGAUCUCAGUAGAACGGGAGGCUACUCGAUGUCCCCACCGCCUCCGCCACCAUCUUAUCCACAUAAUGAUGUUCUCAGAGUAGUUAGUCUAGAUUUAACUCCAGGUGGACGACAUAGUGUAGACUUGAGUCUAUCUAGGUCUCAUCACUUGCAUGGGACUGGAACAAGAUUGCUCACUAGUCCUCAACCACCGAGUGUUUCGAACUCGCAUGUUGUGCCUGAUACGAUAGAUGGCCGAAUUAUGUCUCCACCACCUCCACCCCCUGGAUACAAUCCAACUUACCCUGUCAGUCCAGCCCCGUAUCAUCCACCAAGACCUGGAUAUCAUCAUUACUCUGGCUAUUACUGAUUUUUAAACUUUUUUAUUACGCUUUCAAAACCGAGUAGUUAUUUUUGAAGGUAAAAAAUCAGUAUUUAAGAAAUUGCGACGAUUACUGAAUUAAUACAAAAUGAAGACCAUUUCAAAAGACAUUGUGAUAAUUUCUAUUAAGAUCAUUAGGAUCUUUUCGAAUUUACAAAAUUAGUUUCGCUACAUAUGAAAUGAGGCAACAGAAUCUUAUUCCGAUCCGAUUUUGACCCCAGAUCAAUGUUUGAAGCACCUGUGUAGACUUUUGGUCUUCAAUAUUAGUUACAGUAAAUCUAUAUUGAAUCUCUACUUCAAAAAUUGUAAACGUCGUGCAAAUAGUAGUUUGCAGUAACUGCGCCUCACAAUUUGUGAAGUAUGAUACGGUCAGUGAUACAUUUAGAUUGAUACACUUGAUAACCAGUUAAAAAAAGUUGUUAUCUAGCUUUUAGCAUAUAUUCUUCUAUUUAGAAUAUAUAAUCUUGAUAUACACAACUGUCUGGAGUUAAAAACAAGUACACACGUAAAUUCUAUUAGAUUACGCGUCUAAUCUAUUCAUAAUUUUUCCAUGGUUAUAAAUUCCAUGUUGAAAUUUCUUCUAGUCAAAGUUAUAAUUGAUGCAAUUUUUCAAUACUUGACACAGGAGUUUUGAAGUUGAGUAAUUUGUAUAAUAUUAUAAACAUUCAGAAUGGUUUACAGCAGUGUGUAGGUAACUUUUAAUGUAUAACAGUACGUUAAUUACUGGGUAAAAUAGGUCUAAGGUUCAUACAAAUAUUUGCAUGGUUUUAACUGAAAUUCAAACCCUUUGAAAAGCCCCAUAUAAAAAAUUAACAGUGAGGUUUCUAUUUUUCACAUUUUCUGCUUAGUACCAAAGAACAUAAUUUAUCGAUAUAAUUGACGAGUGCCACUAAUUUGUUUACACUCUGGAAAGAAUCAGAAAAUUUUUCAUAUCAGGAGAACUUGUGUAAAUUUUAUUAAGUAUUCCAUUUAGCCCUGAUCACUGCCCCAUCAAUAAUUAAUAUAACUCACUCAAUGGAAGUACAUAAAAGUAUCAAAUUACCGUCAAUUAUAGUUAAUCACUAUUUAAAUUAUUUACCAUUGAUAGAAAUGGUAUCUGAGUAAGUAAAUAUUAUAUUCCUUCAUUCUCUUACUCAAAUCUUCAAGGCUCUCUUUUAAAAUUUGCGAUAUGGUAGGAUUUAUACUUUGGGGUUGAGCUACUAGUUUUAUUAGUCAAAAUUAGAACUAUUACUACUUAUUCUAAAUAUUACAUUUGUUGCAAUCAUUCGCAGUUAGGAUCCAGUUUAUAUAAGAGUUCAAGAAUCUACUUUUCUGCCAGCGUAAUCGUACUUAUUUCUAGCAAUGAUAUUUAUUGAAGCAAAUUGUCUUCGUCUCAUUACCCAUUUAGUCUUAUCUGUCAACACCAAAGAUUUAAAAUAGUGUAACGUGUGUGCCAAAUUAUAUUGCAAGGCAUCUGUUAUAUUAUUACUAUAUUUCUUAAUUACCAAUGGAGUUAUUCUGUAAUUUUCAGAAUCAGUGUGAAAAUAUCACCCUUAUACUCUUUGUUUAAAAAUAUUCUGUUAUUUUAUGAUUGUCAGAACGAGUAUUGGAAAUUGUUAAAUCUUAUUUUUCAUUGUUUUGUAUAUAACCAUUAGUAUUUUACUAAACAUACCUACCUAUACUAUUGUGAUAUGAUUUUGUGAUUUUAUAAUAAUGUUAUGGAUAUACUUUUAGUAUACCUAGACGUCUAUUACCUUAAGGAUAACUCCAUGAAUUCUCUCAAGUGUGAUAUUAUUUAUUUGUUAAUUUAUCUAAUAGCAGUAUGUGAAUCUUAUUUAAUCAAUUGUAUUCUGUAUAUUGUGCAUAUAACAUUAGAUUAAUUAAAGAGUCAAAAUUUAAGGUAUUAAUUCUAGAAGAAAACACAAAUACAAAAAAAACACUCAAAUGAAUAAUGUUUAUGAGUACAAA